AUGGCGCUACUUAACGAUGUUAUUCCGGUUUUUUGCACUGCUGAAAUCUGCGGGGAUGUCCUGGACGAAUUUUUCCGUGCUGCGUAUAGUUCUCCAGACUUUGUCAAUGAAGGAAUUCAUGGUGACAUCGCGGUACUCAUCCAUGAUACCAAUACCGAAGGCAUAACCCACCCAACAAACCCACCUGUUUCCAAACCGACCUCUUGCCCCUUCAAGAACGAGACGGCUGAGGAGAUCUGGGAUUUCGCACAAGAAAGCCUGCGUUACCCCAUCUUCAACCGUGCCAUCGCCAUACUAGACGAGCAAACAGUCGUUGACAAGGAAACAUGCUUGCUCGUAACUACUUGGGGAAACCCCCGUCAGAACAAGAGAGCGGGUCUGCGUUGUUGACCGUCAGGUCAGACUUUCGAUCAGCACUAGUGAUCCUCGAACAUCAAAAACUUGGGCAUUGGAGGGGACGAGCACUUCAAGAAUGGCAAAGAUGCGAAGGGUGUGAUACGCCUUUAUCAGAGAUAAGAUGGAGGACAGUAAUGCUAGAUCCACGAUCAAGAGUGUGGAACCUACGUCGCCC